CGACUUUUAUCGUUUUUAAUUAUCUUAAGAUUGUGAUAUACAGUAAUUGUUUAGUGUACUGUUAACAUUCCGAUUUCUGUUUACAGUUAUUUUGCAAGCAUAACCACGGUGAAAUUAAUAAAUUACUUGUUUUUUUUUGUUUAUAAUUUUUCAUCAAAUUCUGUAGAAAGUUGUUAAAGUCCCAUUCCACAGUUGAAUGAUUCUCAUUUCUGAGUUUUUUUGUAUUAUAGAAAAUGAAAAAGAUACGCAUAAAAAAGAAUAUUAGGAGAAAGAUUGAAACUGGAUUUUUUGAAGACAAUGUGACCAAAGCAGAUAUAAGAAUAAAGCUGAGCUGCGUUCAGACCUCAAUAUUCUCUUUACUUCGUGGACUAGAUAAGGUUGAAAAAGGGAUGUCACUAGAUUAUGUGAAUUUUCUUAAAACUUUUCAGACACAAACAGAAACAGAGGCCAUAGCUAUUGGGAGUAUACAAAAUACUUUAUUAUCAUUAGAGGAUUUAAAACUAGACUGGAGAACUACUCUUGUUUCUAUGCAAAAUUUGAUUUCUGAGCUGCUAGCCGGAAUACAUCCGGAUUUAGAGAUACAACCGGAUGAACUGGUUCAACCGGAUGUAGACAUGCAACCGGAUCAGGAGAUGCCUCCAGAUCUAGUUUUAAAGAACUUAAUCCCAAAUGGAGUGAAAUCUGUGAAAUCAAAUAUAAGGGAAUUAGAAUCAGAAUAUUUGUCAGGACCUGGUUUGAAAAUGUGUUAUGAGAAUCCUGUGAAAAGUGAGAAGACAACUGAAGAAAGUGGGAGAGAAGAUCAGGAAUAUAAUUCCGAGAAAGAUUUUAUUUUUCAAACUGAAGAACAAGAUGAAAUCUCCACCGACAUGAAACUGUUAGAGAUGAAGUUAAAAGAAGAAUUACCAGAUGAAUAUUUCAAUGAUUUUCAGUCGAAAAGUGUGAUCCCUGGAGAAGAAAUGUCGUGUGAUUUAUGUGAUUUCAAAUCUAAUCUGGUACAGAGAAUACAGAUACAUAAACUCACUACUCAUCAAGUUAAUAAGAAGGAAAUCUGCGAGGACUGUGGUUCUCAGUUUGGUGGGAAGAAAGCGCUAAAGCAUCACAAAGAACGAAUGCACUACGGAGUCAGAUAUCCGUGUGAUCAGUGCAAAUACAAAGCAACGGACAAGAGUCAUCUAAGAAGACACAAACAAAGAGUGCAUCAGGGACUGAAGCAUCCCUGUGAGCUCUGUGGACAAUUCUACUCAGAUAUGAGCACCCUAAAGAGACACAUUAAGAAUAUACAUGUACAGCAGAAGGUGUACAUAUGCGAUCAAUGCGGCUUCAAGGCAAUGGAUUCAAUUUCUCUUGACCGGCAUAAAAUAAACGCUCAUGAAAAGAACCUGCCAGAAAUAAGAUGUACUGAAUGUGAUUAUAUAACACAUUUCAGGAAUAAAUUAACGAAGCAUGUUCAGAUUGCUCAUAAAGGAGUUCGUUUCCCCUGCACACAGUGUGAUUAUAAAGCAACGGAGAAGAGUCACCUGAGAAGACAUAUACAGAGCAUUCACGAAAAGAUAAAAUAUGACUGUGAUAAGUGUGAAUACAAGGCAUCUGAACCAGGCAAUCUUAAAAAUCAUAAGAAGAGAAUUCAUGGUGAUGUCUUUGACAAUUGUUCCUUGUGUUCCUUUAUUGGUAAAUCUGCAAGUGAACUAAAGCGACAUGAGUUUUUGGUUCAUGAUAAGGUUGAUUUCUGCUGUGACAAGUGCAGCUAUGAAUGUGAGUCCCAGGAAGAAUUAAAAAUGCACAAAGUUUCUUUGCACCGGAAUAUUUACCUUUGUGAUCAGUGUGAUUAUAAAUCUCACCAAUUAUCUAAUUUAUCAAGACAUAAGAAGAGCAUUCAUCCAAUCUCGUAGCCAGGAAAUAUAUUCCCUUUUUUAUAUUUGGAAGGAAAUAUUCCCACAACCUCUAUUUUUAAGGGUUUAAAAAUACUUCCUCCUCAAUAACUUAAAGGAAGUGUUUGCGAAAAUAUUACAUAUUUGAUAUAACAAUAGAUAAAAAUACGAAUAUUUAUUUUCAGAUC